AUUUGUACAGCACAUUGGGUCGUCCAGGACCACGAUGUAACCUGGUGUCCUAUACAUAAGAGACAUACGGAACACGGUUAGUUUUGCAUCAUUGCACUAACGACUAUGCACUUGCCUGCCUUGAAUGCAUGAGUGCAUUUGAGUGCAACCCCUUUCCUCCAUACCCAUCAGAAGAGCAGCCGUGCACGAGCACGUGAGUGAGUGAGUGCGUGCGCGCGCGUGUGUGAGCGAGCAUCACUUCGCCGCGAUGGCGAACGAAGCGCACGGGCGCGGAGAAGGAGCCGGUCUCGCGUCCAACUCCUUAGACCUGAGCACGUCCCUCGAGCGCAGCGUGCAAACGCGAAUCUUUAAAAUCAUCGUGAUCGGCGACUCGAACGUGGGCAAGACGUGCUUAGCGUUCCGCUUCACCGGCGGUUCUUUUCCGGCAAAGACGGAGGCCACAAUCGGAGUGGAUUUCAGGGAGAAGGCGGUCGAAAUCGAGGGUGAGAGGAUAAAGGUGCAGGUAUGGGAUACGGCCGGCCAGGAACGCUUUCGCAAAAGUAUGGUGGAGCACUAUUACCGCAACGUCCACGCUGUUGUCUUUGUCUAUGAUGUCACCAAAAUGGCCUCAUUUGAGAACCUGAAGACAUGGAUCCAGGAGUGCAACGGGCACCGUGUGUCAGCCUCAGUGCCCCGGGUCCUGGUCGGUAACAAGUGCGACCUGGUGGACCAAAUCCAGGUCCCGUCCAACAUGGCGCUUAAGUUUGCUGAUGCGCACAACAUGCUGCUGUUUGAGACAUCUGCUAAAGACCCCAAGGAGAGCCAGAAUGUGGACUCGAUUUUCAUGUGCCUGGCAUGUCGUUUGAAGGCCCAAAAAUCUCUUAUCUAUAGAAAUGUGGAGAGGGAGGAUGGGAGGGUGAGGCUCAACCAAGAACUUAAUCCCAAGACUAGCUGUCCAUGCUGAAGACCUGGGAAGCCUAGAAUAAUCGUAUCCUGUUUUCCACACCAACUGAGACUAAUGUUGAACUGCAAAAAAAAAAAAAAAAAUGUGCCUGCAACUAAUGACGUUUUACAUUGAGGCUUUGGUUUAUCUGUUUGUCUCUGUGUAGCUUCUCUAAUUUUUCUUGCUAAUCACAUUGUUACCUAGUAACCUUUGUUAUCCACAGACUACAAUGCAAUUUAGUGUUUGAUUUGUUGUACAUGCCUUUUUAACUAACAUUUCAGCAAAUAUUUGGAAAUCGAGAUUUUAGUUCAUAUACCCAGUCAGACACAUAACAUCCAGUUGUAUUCAUUUGUGUUCUACCAUUUAUAUGGAUUCACCUCCCAGCACACAAUCAGCUCGAGAGAUUAUUGCGCGCAAUAAGGCAUACGUAUCAUACCACACAAUUAUUUAUUCAUCUAUUUGCAGUCAUAAAAUGCGUAUAAACGGAUUCAUGGGCCUUAAUUAGGUUUUACAUGAGCUGUGUAUUUGAUUGCAGUUGGGGGUUUUUCAUGGCAGCCAUGCAGCUGUUUAAAUGCCUUAAUAAUGGGGCACGUAUUGAUGUCUAACAAGUCUUUGCAUUCACACAGUAGUGGAAAUAGUAGUCAUCUUGAAUUGUUGCAUGUUGUGUUAUCAGAUAUUCUCAACGACGGUUACCCUGCAUGCUGAAAGUGUGAGCUGACAUAAGGAAAGAAUAUUGGGAGAGUAAAAGUUAUUGAUAGUUGCAACAAAAUAAGACACUGCCAUUCCACAUCAACGCAUGCAUUGGACUGGGUAAUAUGUGGAGAUAUGAGCAAGAUACAUGCUAACUGUCAGUGUGUUAUGUCACCUCCUAUUAAUAUUUUGCAAUAUUAAAUGGUUCUGAAAGUGUGACCAACCUUUAACCGUCUACGAAUGGCAUAAAAAAAAUUAUUCCAUCUAAUCCAACUGUUUCCUGUGUGUCAAACGCUCAAAUUCAUCCAAUUAUUUACUAGAACAUCAGUCAUUUUAGGAAGCAUCCCAGAUGCUAAAACUCCUAGAAUUCAUUAUAACAAGACGGUCAUAUUGUUGGUUUUUUUGUUUUGCUUUUAAGUAUAAAUGUGUCCAAAAAAAAAAUUUAAAGUGACGGUGUGUAAUUGUGUCAGCAUACAUCAGUGUUAAGGCUGAGUAAUUAUUUUCUUUACACAUGAAACAAUCAUGUACAAAUGUUACCUGUUAAAAUAAUUGCUCACUGAAAGUAAAGUUAAAUGUGUUACAUAGUUCUUGUGCCUUCUGCAUAGCUGAGUGUGUUUUAUCCGUGGAACAAUAGUGUAAUCUCUUUUCUAGUGUGUAUUUGUGGUGCAUUAUUUAUGCCGGCUGACCAACCAAUUCAAUGUCCAUUACUCAUUAUUAGAAUGAAUUCUAAUCAUUUUCUUUUAAACACUAGUAUUUGGGAUACACUGCAUAUUAUAAAAUUAUUGGUUUUAUGUAAGGAAUAGACCAUUCAAGACAUGCUUUUAUAGCAAAAUAAUCAACAGCAGGUUGUUGUGAUGUGUUACUACACCAAAGCUGAAUAUUUUCCAGUAACAAAAGAUCAUGUUUUAUUCCACUUAUACAACAGCAAAUUGCCAAUGAUUAAAUUUGUUUAUUAAUUAAAGAAUGAUGUAAUUUAUA